AAUAGGAAAUGAAUGCUUUCGCCGAGGUGUUUACAAAACAAUCUAGCUCGGGUCGUUACUAGGAGGCUUUCAGUGGAUUUUAACAAAGAUUUUGGGGGAGGCUAAUUUCUAGAAAAUGGCCAAACUACGGCUUUUGAAUGCUUACCUCACCGAGCGGUUAAUGGUGGCUGUAGAUGAGAUACUGGAGGUUGUUGGGGGGACAGUGUCAGAAUUCGAGGAGGAGACUGCCCGGACGAAGAGAGAGAAUGAACUCCUAAAACGAAGGCUACGAGAAGUUGGACUCGACACGGGAACGGAGUGUUCAGCAGUCUCGACCAGGCCUGUUUCUCUCUCUGUGUCUGGGCAGGACCAGUGGAGCGCCAACCAGGGUCCAGACCCUGAGUCUACACACACCCAGAACCACAUGGUAAUGAGCCAGGAUGAGAUGCCUGCCACACAUAGCCAGCUACCCACAGAGUGCACCGAGUGGAAGAGUCUGUGUAACUCUCCACAUACCCUGUCCUCACAACAGACCGAUACAUCGGCUACCACACCAGUAGUAGCUCCAUUGACUUCAGCGUCCGUGAAAAGGGACUUGGACGAAGAAGACGACCAGCAUCUCCUUCCCUCUGCAUAUCCCUUCAGCAGCACAUCAUGCCCCGUGGACAGAGUGGUUUUACACUAUAACUCUGAGGGCAUCAAAACAGAGCCUAGUGAUACUAGCCCUACUGACUUGGGGUCAGUAUCUGCUCAGAUGGGGUAUGGUGAACUAAACCCCAGUUCGGACCCUGGAUCAGCCACUGUUGAAACCAGGUACACUGUCUCAGACCUGAGCGCUGACCUGGAGUCAGUGGUUGCAGAGAGCAGCAGGUAUGGUGCCUCCACUGCCUCGGGCGUCCCCACUGACCUGGUAUCAGCUAGUGCUGCCAUGAUCCCAGAUGGCUUUUUCCGCCAGAUUGGCAGCGAUGGUUGUGUAACAACAGGGCCAGAACAAGACUUUGGGGACGCCACCACCACCAGUACCGUAGGUCCCUUGACCUCCCAGUUCUACCUGGGUCAAACCAGACGUCAACAACUAACAAAUAGAUCAACAAAUAGGUGUCAUCAACAAAUUAACAGGUCCACAAACAACAGGGGUCAACAACAAACUAACAACAGGGGGGAUCAGAGGUCCCACCCGUGCCCUCAGUGUGGUAAGAUAUUCAGUCACGGGUCACGCCUCAAGAUCCACCUCCGCAUUCACACAGGGGAGAAGCCGUACGUUUGUGCACUGUGUGGCAAGCGAUUCAACAACGAUGGCACACUGAGGAACCACCGGCGUGUUCACACGGAGCUGCGUCUGUACGGCUGCCCUGUCUGCGGCAUGAGCUUCAAGGACGCCUACACGUGUAGGAAGCACCAGCGUGUUCAUAAUGGAUUGCGGCCUGCCGGAGACUCGGCCCACACCUGCAGCUUGUGUGGCAAGGCUUUCAGUGAGGCGGCUAAGCUGACCAAACACAUCAGAACUCAUGCGUCAGUCAUUGGAUGAGGGCAGUACGACUUAUAAAUGCUUUUUUAUAGCAAUCAUAAAGGAUUUAUAAGCACUAUAUAAAUGCUUCACAUAUAAUCUAUAAGCGUAUGUUAUACACUAUAAAUGGUGUAUAAAGGGUGACGUAACAAUUCCCACUGUAGGGUUUAUUGUAAGUUAAUAGACCAUUUCUAGAUUAUGACUUACACUUAAGAUUUGUAAAGCCUUUAAGUAGUGCUAUAUAAAGCCUUUAUUGUACUUCGCAACGGAGCUCCCAGGUGGCGCGUCCUGCUCAGGCACUUCACCUGACGUGCAGAGGGGCGUCACUACAGCCUGAUGUUACCAGGGAGUUCCAAGGGUGGUGCACAAUUGGCCUAGCACUGUCCGGGUUAGGGGAGGGGAGGGUUGGCAUGCAAUUCCUUGUCUUAACUUGCUCUAGCGUCGUCUUAUGGCGGACUGGGCGCCUGCAUGCUGACUAGGGUCGUCAAUCGAACAGUGUCCCGUCCAACACCGUUGGCCCCGGCUGACUUCCGGGUGUGUAUAAGAAGCAGCGAAGAGUGUGUGUGUGUGUAGCACCCAGGGGAGAGAGGGAGGGAGUGUGUGUGUGUGUGUGUUUUGUACUUUACUUAUUUGUAGUAAUAUUUUCUUAUUUUGUGUGACUUUCUUCUGGCAGCUAUUUUAAAGAUGGGUCAGAAUGUUUGUCCAAUCCUCACUUCUUCCGAGCCCGUUGGGGAGUUGCCGCAAUGAAACACAAUUGGAUACCACAAAAAUGCUUUCAUUUCUAAACGGCAAACCGAUAUGUAUGAAAAUCUCAAAUCCAAAAAUGCUGGAGUAUAGAGACACAUAAAAAAAAAAAAAUGCUUCACUGUCCAAAUACACAUGGAGGAGAGUGUAUGACCAUGGCUGCACCAGCUUCAACGGGACAUGCCUUUGUGUGCUCUUGUCUGUGGCAGAUAGUGAGCAUCCUGCAUCUUAUUAUACAGUCAUCAGCGAACCAUCAAGCAGUAGUUGAAGUCAUCAUCAGAUGUGAUGGACUACCUUAAGCAAGCAGCAAGUGUGUGUGUAGAUUUUUUUUAAAUGUGUAUUGUGCGUGUUUUAUUUUGCUGUAUGCGUGCAUUGCAUGUUUGUUUGUGCACCGGCCCGUCCAAAGGGCAGCCUCAGUCUGCUACAGGGAGGUUAUUGACUUUUGCUGUGUUGUAGUAUUGAUCCACUUCCUGCUUGUGACUCUGGGGGUGGAGCCUGCUGACAUUAGAGACUGCAGAGGAUGAACCAUGGGUUGAAGACAUUGGUGUCAAACACAAUUCCUGGAGAGCUGCAGUCGGGUCAAGCAAUUUUUUUAGUAUCUAGACCUGCAAGAAAAGCCGGGGUCAUGUUCACUUGAAACUAUUUGAACUUGUCCAAUAAGAGUCACUGAUUCAUUAAGUAGAAGGGAGGAACCAAAACCCACAGACACUGCAGAGCAGAAUCUAAAGGACUGGAGUUUUACUCAUGUGGUUUAGGAGUCCAAAAACACAUUCCUUACCCCAGGAUAUGUCAUAAGGUCACGAUAUAGGAACAUUUCAGGAAAAGGAGCACCCCGUGUCUGCACCGAUCUGAGAAUUUCAUUUUGGAUAACACAAACCAGCUUAGGAUGCCUUUAUUAGUCUCUCACCAUGUUCUCUGAUAGCAAGUGCUCAGACUUCAAGACUUAUUGUGGUGCUGAUAGAGCCUAAUGUACAGUAAAUGGGAUUAUUUUUAAACGUG